GAUCACUUGACAAGUAUAUACUCCUCGUUGUCCCGUGUUUUGAAACAGUGCAAAAGUGUGUAUAGUUUUUAUGGAACAAUUUUGUGUCGUCGUCGUCGUCUUUGUACUAAACAAAUAUCAAGAUGAAUCCAAGGUCGCAGAUGGCAGCGAAGCUAUACCUUACUUUCCUACUGAUAAUUGUAUACAUCUUCACAUGUGAUGCCGACAGACUGCCAAAAGUCAAUAAAUAUUUGGAAGUUGAAGAUUUAACUUCGGGCGCAGAGAUAGAGAGGAAGAAAAAUUACGAGGCCAACGAUAAAUUGUCCGAUGUACAACCAUUAGGAGUUUUAUACAAUUACAGGAGAAUACCAAGAAGUCCCCAGAGCGAUGCAGAAAUUUCGGCAAAAAGCUCGGCAAAAAGCUCGGUAAAAAGUCAAGUAACGGGCAAAAAAGCUCGUAAAGUUGAAAAAAAGCCGCAGAGACCUGGAUUUUUAUGGACCAUAGCUAAAUCUACUUUCGAGACUUUCAACGAUACCAGAUCAGCCAUAAGUCAAAUUCGCGGUGUGCUCAAUAACGCCAUCGACUUCGAUGGUGCGAACAAACCGAAAAAGACGAGUGGAAAAUCAACGAACGGCAGCCAAGGCAAAGAAAAAAAAGAAGGAGAAGAAGAGGAAAUGAAAAAAACUGACCCAAGCGUCAUAAUGGGUAUUAUUAGAAGAAAUGUGAAGGGCCUGGUCCGCUUGUUUGGAAUCGAAUGGAGGGACGCCAUGGAACAAUCGAAGAAAAACGCCGCAGAGUUCAGAAGGGAGCUUGGCAACUCGAUCGGUGGAUUUCUGCAAGAUAACCCGAAGAAUUAUCCGAAGAACUGAAACGACUGACGUUUUACAUUCUGAUUUUGCUGAUUUGCUCAUCGCUGAUUGUGGAAAAUUUCAAUAGGUGUACUUUAUGUUUUAUGGUAUAAAGGAAUCCGUGUUUGUCUUCAUAAAUUGCCAAAGACUUUAGUGGAAAAAUAAAAGGCUGAAUGUAUUUUUAUUGAUAGAAUUGUUAUCAUUAAAAAUAUUGUUUGCAGCGCGUAUAAUUUAGAUUUUGUGAAAAUUGAAAUUUCGUCUCCUUGACAAGCUUUUGUAAGCCUCUUAAUCCCGAGGGUUUGUGUUUAUAAGUUUAGAAAAUGUAUUUUAGACACUUUUUGUAAUGUGAAAGGAAAAAUACUUCAACUGUUUUGUUAGUUUUUUAUUUUACGAGUUAUGUUUUAGGAUUUGUAAAUAUUUAUUUUGUAUCACUCAUGUGUAACAGAAAAUACGUUUAUGAAAAUUAUAGAUUAUUAACUAGGUUGUAAUAUAUUUUAGUUUUAAAUACAAUUUUUGGAAAGUGUAUACUGCUAUAGACAUCGAUACUGCAGUAUUGGUUUUAUUAAUUCUUAAUUAAUCUUUGUUCAAUAUAAGUGAAUAAAAAACGAACA